AUUCAAAUGUCUAAGGGUAUUAUCUAUGAGUUGUUAUUUCAUUACUGAACUCCCAGAAUCCAUUGGGAAUUUGAGACUUUUAAGAUACCUUGAUCUUUCUUAUACUAGAAUCAAGAGCCUUCCUGAAUCUUUGAAUGUUCUAUACAAUCUACAAACACUUUUAUUAUGUGACUGUGCUGAUCUUAAUAACUUGCCAGCUAAUAUUGGAAAAUUGAUUAAUUUGCGGCACCUUGACAUCAGUGGAAGUGGGAUACAAGCAAUGCCAAUUGGAGUAGAAAAUUUGGUUAGCCUACGAUCAUUACCUGAAUUUGUUUUGGGUAACGUUGGUCCUCGUGGAAGUGCAACACAAGAGAUGCCAAUAGGAGUGGAUAAUGUUGUCACCCCUCCAUUUCUACCUGAAUUUGGCUUGGGCAUUGUUGGUUCUCGCAUUGAUGGAUUAAGAAACUUGUCGCAUCUUCAGGGUUCACUUUCACUAUCAGGGUUAGAGAAUGUGGACAAUUUGUGGGAUGCCAAAAAUGCAAACUUAAAAGGGAAGCAAAAACUUACCACAUUGGUGAUGGAGUGGAGCAGCACCUUAAGUGAGUUGCAAAAUGAUAGAGUUGCAACAGAUGUCCUUGAGAUGUUACAACCCCACCAAAAUCUAGAAAAGUUGACAAUUAAGGGAUACAAUGGUAGAAAGUUUCCAACUUGGAUUGGGGACCCUUCAUUCUCUAAGUUGGAGUGUCUGAGUGUAACUGACUGUAAAAGAUGCAGAUCUUUACCUCCACUUGGAUCUCUACUUUCACUCAAGCAUCUCUAUAUUAAAGGUAUGGAUGCAGUAAAGAGUAUUGGUGCUGAGUUUUAUGGGUAUAGCAGUUCUUCUUCAAAAACUUUUGCAUCACUAGAGACUCUAACAUUUGAGGAGAUGAUGGAAUGGGAGGAGUGGCUCUUACCUACUAGUGAUGGCCAUAUGGAAGCAUUUCCCAGUCUCCAGGAACUUCAAAUUGAGAAGUGUCCAAAACUGCGACAGCAAUUACCUCAGCAACUACCUUCAUUGGUAAAGCUACACUUAACCGAAUGUGAGCAGUUAUCUGUUUCACUUCCUCAGAUUCCACGACUGAAGAUUUUGAACUUAAGAGGCUGUAACUAUAUGCUACUUAGCAGUAAUCUUGCAAUCAACUGUCUUGCUUCAUUUGAGCUUCACAACAUUUCAAGUCUGAAGCAUCUACCAGAGUGGUUGCUGCAAUAUAUGCCUACACUUAAGUGGUUGGUCAUUGUUGAUUGUUCUGACUUUGUACAUCUGGCAAGAUGCAAGAACGAUAUGCAAUAUUUAACGUCUCUUCAGCAUCUUGUGAUUCGUAAUUGUUCUAUGUUGGUAUCAUUGUUUGAGGAAGAACAGCCGCUGCCUCAGAAACUUGAAUACUUGGAAUUGGACUCCUGCCAUAGUCUGAAGAAGCUACCACAUGCAUUGCAUAGCCUCACAGCUCUACAAGAACUGAUUAUUACAGAUUGUCCAAGACUUGAGUUGGUUCCUGGGACCACAUUCCCUUCUAAUCUGCAAGGCCUGGUGCUCCGAGGAUGUGGUCUAGACUUGUUACCUGAACCAAUGAUAAACAAUAUCACAUCCCUCGAGUACUUGUGUAUUGGGGGGUGUUUAGUUCUUUCUUCAUUUCCAGGAGAAGGGAGGCAAGUUCCAACUACUUUCAAGCAACUCACAAUUGAUCAGUGUCCCAAUCUUGAGUUUCUUCCUGAAGGGAUUACACAUAGUAGCAACAUAUCCCUUGAACUGCUAGAGAUUUUCGACUGCCCUUCUAUCACAUCCUUCCCAGCUGGCCAUUUGCCUGCCACAUUAAAAGUACUUACUAUUUGGAAUUGCUGUAAUCUGGAGUCACUAGAAGAUAUUGCAACUGAUUCAAUGUCUCUUGAAUCUCUUCGGAUUGGUAACUGUACAAAUCUCAUUUUCUUACCCAAAUGCCUAAACAAGCUUGGAUGUCUUGACUAUUUGGAAAUUGAUGGUUGUCCGGGGAUUGUCUCAUUUCCCCAAGGUGGACUUCCUUCCCGCAGCCUCAAAAAGUUGCAUAUACUUGAUUGUGAGAAUCUUAUGUUCCUGCCAGAGUUGAUGUUAAGCCUCACAUCUUUGAAAGAACUGAAGCUGUCCAAUUGUCCUAGCAUCGCCUCCUUGCCAGACGGUGGUUUUCCAAUUAACCUUGUCUCACUAGAAGUCAAGGAUUGUGAGAACAUUACACCAUUGUCCAAAUGGGGUUUGCAUAGACUAGCAUCACUUGAGAAACUCAAGAUACAUGGUGGGUUCUUGGAUGUUGUUUUCCCUGAGUGGUUGCUUCCUUCUACUUUAGACACUCUUCACGUUGGAAACUUACCUAAGCUCAAGUCCCUUUCUCCUUGGUUGCAACAUCUUUCUUCUCUAGAGGAACUAAAGAUCAUGGAAUGCCAUGAGCUCUUUAACUUGCCAAAAGAGGGAGUACCACCAAUGCUUUCUUUCCUAGAGAUCAGAGGAUGUCCUAAGCUGCAGCAGACCUGUGAAAAGAAUUGGUCCGAGAUCGACCACAUUCCCUGCAUUUCGAAUCAUUUGUGAUGCAGACAGUGCACAAUAUAAGCUGGUGGAGAGAAGUUUCCUGGCUCUUUAAGUCUGAAGAAUUGAAUGACUAGAGUGCUCUUUCAAACCCAAAAUCCAGUUAAAGAAAGUUUAAUGUAACUGCCAAGUAAUUUCGGAUAAAUAGCUCAUUCAUUCUGACCAAGUUCCUUCCCUGAAAAACACGUAUGCCUAUUAAGGUGUUGACUGCAAACUCUGUCAUCAGUAAAUGUCUGGUCUUGCAGUGAGGGUUGUCUUAAGGUGGUAUUUUUUUCCAUCAUCUCAAGCCUUGUCCCCUAUUCGCCAUCCUAUGGAAAGGCUUCAGUACUCUCAAACCUGAACUAGGCUUCAGUAUUCCCAAACAUGAACUUCAGUUCCUAGAUUUUGGUAUAGACAUGCAGUUCCCAAGGGAUGAACAGGAUGCCUUGGUUUCAAAUCUUCAUUUUACACAGCUACCAAAUCUGCACGGUGCAGGAUUGUGUAUUGUGCUCACCAAAGAAUACAUCCAGGAAAUAGUUUUGAGUUCUGAAUUUCUUUUCUUCGAUAUACUGGUAGAACUAUCAAGUAUCUUGAAUUGUCAACUACUGAACAGAGAUAACAUGGCCAAUUUUUUUCUUACAUUUGAGUGUGUCAAUUUUAAUCCUUUGUCAAUACUA